GCGCGGAGCGGGCGCUGGGGCCGCGGCCGGGGAUGGGGGCGGCCGGCGGCGCGGGCAGCUGAGCGGCGCGGAGCGUCCUGGGCCUCCCCGUCCCGCCCGGCCGUCGCCGCCGUCCCCGCCACCAUGAACCGCCUCGGCUCCGGACCCGUGGGCAGCGCCGCCGCCGCCGCUGCCGCCGCCGCCGGGCAGUACCGGGUGUGCGGCAAUUGCCGGAAGGUGCCGAGACAGGUAUCGGGGGGCGCCCGCACGGAGGCGGCGGGAGCUGCGGGAGAGGAGAAGAGAGUACAGGUCUCCCCACCGUUGACAAGAGGACCAAGUGCCUUUAUACCAGAGAAUGAAGUUAUGCAAGCAAACGGUUUGGAUGAACGUACUAAUCUUCUUGUGGAAGAAUAUUCUACGUCUGGCCGCCUGGACAACAUCACACAGGUCAUGAGUAUCCACACUCAAUACCUGGAGUCUUUCCUCCGCAGCCAGUUCUAUAUGCUGCGCAUGGAUGGGCCCCUUCCUCUGCCCUACAGGCACUACAUUGCUAUCAUGGCUGCUGCCAGACAUCAGUGUUCCUAUCUAAUAAAUAUGCACGUUGAUGAGUUUCUGAAGACUGGUGGGAUUGCAGAGUGGUUGAAUGGUUUAGAAUACAUUCCCCAAAGACUGAAAAACCUGAACGAAAUAAACAAACUCCUUGCACACCGGCCCUGGCUGAUCACGAAAGAGCACAUCCAGAAACUUGUCAAGACUGGGGAAAAUAAUUGGUCUCUUCCUGAACUGGUUCAUGCUGUUGUCCUGUUGGCCCAUUAUCAUGCCUUGGCAAGUUUUGUGUUUGGCAGUGGCAUUAAUCCAGAGAGAGAUCCGGAUACAUCCAAUGGAGUCAGACUUAUAGCAGUCAACAACUUCUGUGUCUGUGAUCUUGCCAAUGACAACAACAUAGAAAAUGCAUCCCUCACAAGUAGCAACUUUGGGAUUGCAGAUUCUUUAAGUGAGCUGGAGGCCCUGAUGGAAAGGAUGAAGAGACUACAAGAAGAUAAAGAGGACGAAGAAGCCUCUCAGGAAGAAAUGGCAACUCGCUUUGAGAAGGAGAAGAAGGAGAGUCUGCUAGUAAUCAGUGGAGCAUUUGAUGAUGAAAUAGUUUCUACAGAUGUCUCCCGUUAUGUUGAAGAUCCUGGAUUUGGGUACAAAGACUUUGCAAGGCGAGGAGAAGACCAUCUGCCAACAUUUAGAGCUCAGGACUAUACUUGGGAAAAUCAUGGCUUUUCCCUUGUAAACAGGCUUUAUUCUGAUAUUGGGCAUCUCCUGGAUGAGAAGUUUCGGAUGGUGUAUAACCUCACGUAUAACACUAUGGCAACACAUGAAGAUGUUGAUACAACUACACUAAGAAGAGCUUUAUUUAACUAUGUCCACUGUAUGUAUGGAAUCAGGUAUGAUGACUACGAUUAUGGAGAAGUGAAUCAGCUACUUGAACGCAGCCUGAAGGUUUACAUAAAGACAGUGACCUGCUACCCAGAGAGAACGACCAAGCGCAUGUACGAUAGCUACUGGCGUCAGUUCAAGCACUCGGAGAAGGUUCAUGUCAAUCUACUUCUGAUGGAAGCUCGGAUGCAAGCCGAACUUCUGUAUGCCCUUCGUGCCAUAACUCGUCACUUAACCUGAAGCACUCGCUGGCCAGGAGUACAGGGGCUUUUACUGAGUAUGUAAAGACCUUUCAAAAUAGAUACACACCAGAAGCUGUUUGUGAUGUAGCAUCAGGUUAUUCAAUUCUCUAGUGUCAAAGUUUAGCCGUGCUUCUUGGCGGCUGUAAUGUGCAAUGACGUGUUUUAUUUUCUUGAUGCUUAACAUUACUAAUGAUAACAAAAGUAACACUGAGGAGCGCUACUCUGCAUUGUUUCCGGCUGGAUUUCUGCACGCUGGUCAGGAACCUGGAACUGGUUUUAUUGUAUCCAAUCCUAGCGCUUUGUUCUUUAGGCACUGGAGUGAAGUGCUUAGAGACUUCUUUUUCCAAGCAAUCAUUUUUCAGAUGAGUGGAGUCCAGCAGAAGAUCAGUUCUGCCUGUCCUGAGAACGUCCCACCACGUCGUGACUCGCGACAGAGACGCGCGGGCUGUGCCGCAUCAAAUUGCCCACUGGAUUCUCCCAUGUGUCCCGGAGACUGCUGCCAGUCACUGUCUUACUACAGCAAUUAGAGGUGAUGCAAGAUGUGGAUGCAAACAUCGAGCACACUUUAAUGUGAAAUUAAUCUUGAUAAAUCCUACAGCAUGCUACUGAAGUGCAAAAUUCAUUCACGCUUUGUCGUGCCCCUUCGCAAGGAGAAGAGGCCUCACGAUUUGCCAUUUUCAGCCACACUUACUGUGUUUCAAUCAUGCAUAGUCUUGUUUUACUGACAGUCACCCUCAGUUGUCCUGACAAUAUCCAUGCUCAUCACGUGUUGCAAUUUGUUUAGUUGGCACCUAUAAAAUUAAUACACAGGCUGACCAAAAAUAGGGUUGUGGGGUUUUUUGCACUCUCUUCUUUAUCAAUGUUUUAACUAAGGAAAGUCAAGGAAGGCUAGUAUAUCUAUUCUUUCAUACUGGAUGUAUAGAAAUUAUUUCCCAUAACUUUUUCAUAGCAUGAAAUUGUAAUAUUCAAAGUUUUAAAAGUUUCUAUGCAUUAGUGUGAGUGAACAAAAGAAAAGUGCAAUAUUUAAAAAGAAAGCAAGCUUUUUUCCCUGACAUGCCACUGCUAAAGUGUCCUUCUUAUAGAGCCAUAAAGAAAUUUUAAAACCAAAUUUCUUUAUUGUCUAAGGCCUAGCAGUUUUGUUUUAGCUUUUACGGCUUAAGACAACCUGAUACUGAGAUGCCAAAGUAUCCCCAAAACAAAGCAUUUUUGGACAACCAGUAAUAUUGGGGAAGGGAAGAAAUAAGCUGCCAAAAAUGUCACACUUUUGUGCUGUUUUCUGUUGCUUUUGCCUAAUUUUUGAGAGCACAAAAUGUUGAUAUUUAUAGCUUUAUUUUGUAUUGCAUUUAAUGAACCAGUGAAGUGCCUAAAGAGAUGCUUAAACUUACCCAGUAGAACACAAGUUAACUGCUUCAAAUUUGUCUGUUGGUUUGGACUUUUCAUAUUUCUUUUGAGGAGGGUGACCUUUAUUUCUGUGGUACACAUUCAAAACUAACUGGGCAGGUUUAUUUUUAAUGUUCUGUUAGAUUGUAGUAGUUAAAGCAGGACUUUUUUUUUCAUUGGUGAUUGCAGAAUUGUUAGAAAAAAAAUACUACCAGUCAUAUUUUGACACAUUUCAUUUACAAAACCAUGGACCAGUACUCUACUAAAGUUAGUUUUCUCUUUUCUUCCUUUUCCUGAUCCUUGCUUUGACUUUGCAUGUUGUUUUUUCUGCUUUAUCUGUCCGUUCCAGAUUGGAAAGCCCAAUGAUUGUACACUUUUCUGCACUUUCAGACUACAGACUCUGCAUGUGAAAACCUUUUGAAGAAAAAAAUCAGUAAUUUUUUUUUUUUAAGUGUCAUGUUGGCUAUUUAGAAAACUACCCAACAGACAGCACUGGUCUGUCUGCUAGAGAGCAUUGGGUAGAACAUCAGAUUUAUUUAUCUUGUAUAGCUAACUGCAAAGGUUUCUCAGAAAUACUGAGAUGUUCAUAUGUGUGAACUUAGAUUUUCUUUCUAAAUUGUUAUGAUCCUUUCCCCCUCUCUUGUGAUUGUAGUGGCCAUAAUGGCUUCUGCUGAGAGAAGUUUUCAUGCAAUACUUCUGGCUUUUUUCAAGUGAUGGGAACUGUUCAGUACUACUUUAAAUUUCUUUGCAUUGAAAAGUCAUGUAGUCCUCAAGAAGCACAGUUGAGCUCUGGAAAGGAGGUGAAACUAGAUUUGAGUAACUAAUGUGAUGGCUUUGUUUCCCCUCAGAAAUGCAAAGACUUCUGGAGUAGGUUGAGUUUUACAUUUGGAAACAUGAGUGCCUUUACUUCUUUCCUUAUGAAAUAUACUUGCCAGCUCAAAUGCCUUCAUGAGCAAAGUGCAUGAGCAGAUUUGAAAUACAGAAACCAUAAAUGGAUUGCUUCAUAAAACCUGUAGUAAACCAGUGUUUUGGUUUGGUUUUUUAAGUGCCAUAUCAAGUCUCAUAUGGCCUGCAAGACAUUCCAUCACAGGAAAUGUCAUUGUACAACUAGUUUACUAUUUCUCUCUCUUUUUUUUUUUUUCUUUAAUAUUCCAUGCAAACUUGAAACAUCUGGAAAUGUUUUCCACGUGGCAUUUCUUUUUCAAACAAUUGCAUUCACAGUGCAACAAUUUAUAGCCUAGUUUUUAUACACAAAUUUGGGAUUUUUAAUAGAUGUUUGCUCAGAAUAGGUGUUUAAAGUCAGACAAUGCUACCAUACACUUUAUGCAUGCUUUAGGUUCACACUGUGCCAGCUUUUAAUGUUCAAGUGUUCUUGGAAAAUUUUUUUUGCAUUUUUAAAGCAUGCAUGAAUGUGAAUCUUCACACUUUGUUCAUUAAUAUUUUUCUUAAGGGUACCAUAAUGAUUGGAAAUGUAGAUCCUCUCCCUCUGUGUUCCUUCAUUGGAAUUGGUAAUUACCAGCAUUCAUGUUAGUCCACAAAAUCCCAGCCGUGACCAACAUAAAAACAAAGUGUACAGUCUCCUGUCUGCUGAAGAGAAAGCCUGAUAGGUACAAAUUAACCAGCUAGCACAGGGAACACUGUGAGUAUGGAACAGGGCUUUUGAGCAUGAACAGCUUCUUAUCAUUGCAGAGUCACUUAAAAUGUGCGUUGCUGUAGAGUAUGUCCUUGCUCUAUUUUUUUUUUUUUUUUGGUAAUGAAGAGAAGUGAAAAAGGUGCCAACUGGAGAAAGCAUUUGCAUUUCCCAGAACACUCUACCCACAGCUGAAUUUCAUGAGAGUAUCAUUAUACGAGAACAGAAAUAAUUGUUAAAACAGAAAUAAUAAUUUUGGGUGCAGUUUGUGCAGAUAGCUACUACAGCUAGUGCCGUGGUGUCUGCCCCUCCUCUUCCCUCUCCAAGAAGUUUUAACUGCAUUGGGGUCUCCCCUCAGUCUCCUCCAGGCUGAACAAACCAAAUGAUCUCAGCCACUCCUCAUGUGGCUUCUCCUCAGGGCCCCUCACCAUCCCUGUGGCCCUUCUUUGGAUGCUCCCUAAAAGUUUCAUAUCUUCCAUAUUGGGGCACCCCAAGCAGCAAGCACCCCAACAUCUGAAUGUUUGAGUCAGAUUUUUAAAGAAACUGAAUCACCUAAAUGAAAUAGAAUAAAAUUAAUUUCUAGAGACUAAAUGAAUAAUACGUACCAGGUCCAUGUGAUUCACAGUGAUUGUUAAUGAAAUGAGUUGUUUUGAGGACUUGAGGUGAGGCUGCCCCAGUGCAGAGCAGAGCGGGACAAUCCCCUCCCUUGCCCAGCACCUUGAUCCUUGAAAAGGAUUUACUUCAGCUGUAAGAGUUAAAGAAUUGCCACUAUCACCUCUUCCUAUGUAAAAUAAAGUUUUAAGGACAGGAAAAUCAGUGCUUGUAAACAAUUGCAGAUGUAAGUAUAAAUUUAGAACAGAUCAGAAGAGAACAAAAAGGAAAACAUUUUGUUGCUCUGUUACUUGAGUGCAGAAAGUCAAAGCACCAGAUUAUUCAAUUGUAUUUUUGUUUAUAGUGCUACUGAUAUUUUAAUGGGAUUUGAAAAAAACAGCUAGCUGCCUGAAUUUCAAUGGGGAUUUAAGCACCCAGGCACUCAGCAAAAUCCUAGAAGAUGCCCACUUGAAUGUUUGAGUCAGAUUUUUAAAGAAACUGAAUCACCUAAAUGAAAUAGAAUAAAAUUAAUUUCUAGAGACUAAAUGAAUAAUACGUACCAGGUCCAUGUGAUUCACAGUGUUUGUUAAUGAAAUGAGUUGUUUUGGGGACUUAAUGUAGACUUAGAGAGAUCUCUCCUAAAGCAGUUAAACUGUAAGCCACUGCUCUUGCAGAACAGGUUCUCAAUGUUUCUCAUGCAUGUGUGUUUUCCAUGAACAUAGGCAUGCAUUUCAGGCUCAUGACCCAGAAUUUGGACUCCCUUUCAGAAGAGCUGGGUUGUUUAAGCUCUGCUUGCAGGAAACAUUCAUUGGUGGUAGUAAGUGGAAAGAAUGUGCCUGAACUAAAAAUUUUUGGAUCAAAAGAAAUACCCCAAAUCUUGAUCUCAAGUGAUGUCCUUUCAGUUACUUUCUAUAAAUGUUUGGAUCCUUCUCCCAUAGAUAAGGGGUGAUGUUGCACAAAACAAAGGAAGAGGGAGUGGAUUUGUUGUAAAUGAACUUUGCCAGAGCGGAUCUGACUAUAAAGCUGUAAGAUUUAGUUGCUGUUAGCAGUCAUUCCAAGAGCUGGACAAAAUGUCAGUUUUCAUUACCUGAACUUCAGGUUUACUGUUCCUCAUGUCCCCCAGCACUAUGUUUGUCUGAAAAGGUGCAUCCACCAGCUUUCCUAUAUUUGGGAAAUGAAAGUGAAACAUUUUAUCUCCAAAUGAAAAUUAAUAUAGUAUUUCAUACCUACUGCAUAGAUUACAGGUGUGAGAGAUGGAGAGAGCACAGUAGAAUGAGGAAACUUCAGGAGCAUCUUGAUCAGUGUUAAUUUAUUCCUUAGAGCACAUUUCCUGGCAGGUGGUCAUGCUGCUGCUCCCCCAGUCUGCAUCAGGUCUCUCUUGCAGAUAUUUAAUCCUUUGCUGCUCAUCAGGGGAAAAAUUGUCAUUUUCCAGCCUGCCACCACCCCUGUCCUGCAUCAAGUGCUUCCUGUGUUCCCAGUUCCCAACCCCAAGCAGCUUCCCAGCUGCUGGGACAACCUCCCAGCCUUAACCUUGAAAACAAGGUUCCUCUGUCACUGCCUGUUGGUAAGGGCAGAGGCUCUUCCUCGCAUUUAGAAUUGCCGUAGUAGAUUAUUUCUGGACAGGAAAAUGCUAAAUGUGGUUCAAAAGGAUGAACCACAGUAUUUGCUUAGUAGUGUGUCAAAGAGUUACAGAGUCAAAGAGUGUGUCUGGAGUUACAGUAAAAAUGCAGUGGAUUCACUAAGGAAAUUUUCUUUGGUGAAACGCCCCAUGCUUGAGCUAUCAGCUGUGCAGGUUCUCAGAGGGACAUCUAACAGGGAAUUUGAGGUCCCCUUCUGCCAGGCAGGCUUACAGGGCCACCUGGCUGGCAGUCCCUUGGGUGCUUUGCAGCCAGGCAGACUGCAUCCAGCCUCUGGAACAAGUGGAUUUGGGUUUUUCAUUUAUCUAUGGGAAAAAAUCCAAAUGCACAUUGUGGAGCAGCUGCUGGAGACAGAGUUGGGUGUUCCUAGGGUACUGAGUACCAUCAGGGCUUGUGGAAAAUAGAAACCUUGUUCCUGACAGUAGUUAGAGGUACUGGAGAUGCCAAUUGUUACAGUAACUGUGGGGAGCAAGGCAGUCUGUAGGCGUCGGGAGGCGCAGGUGCUCCAAGGGGACACGGCCGGCACAGGAGGAGUUGAGGUCAGCUGAAGAAACUUCCCUGCGUGUCUGAGAGGUUCUUUUGUGUGCCUGUGCAUAGGGGACGUGGUGGAGGAUGCCUCUUUCCACAGUGUCCAGAGGGCUUCUUUGGGACCAAAGCUGGGACCCUUUCCUUACUCCAGAGAUGGAGUAGGGGAAGGGAACCACUUUGCCCAAGAAAAACUUGCUGCUGUUGAAUUGCAUUUUCUCAUCCCCAUCAGCCCUUUGAAGGGAGUUUUGAGGCAAAAUGGGUCAAUCACAAAGCAUUGUGUGUCCAGCUGCGGAGUCUGGGGGGCAGCAACAGCAGCAGCUCCAAACACCAACAGUCCAAAGCUGUGUCUCAUUCCUCACUUCAUGCUCAUGUCGUGCCACCAGACCCAAACCUCUUCCCUCCAGCCCACGUGCCCAGGUGGCUGCAGGAGCAGCUCAUGGUGGUGGGUGCUGUGGCCACCUUUAGGGGGAAAAUAAUAAUACAUAGGCUACAACCCUUGGACUCUGCUAGGCAGUGCAGUCAGAGGUCUUUUCGUGACUGUGACCAGAACUGGAUAUGAACUGUAGCUUAAAAAAGUAGGAAUUUUGCAAACUUGAAAUCUCUCGAUUUUACCCUUGUCUCCUUUUGCUGGAAAGCCACACGAUGAAUGUAUAUGCUUUACCUUUCUAUCCGACAUGACUGAAAAUCAGACUGCCAACUCCUUGUUUUGUAUUAGCCUUUUUUUUUAAAAAAAAAGGAAAGUUUGUGAGCAAUAUAUGUAGCAUGCUGUGAACGUCUGUUUUGAUCUUUAUAGUUACUCUUUAAUCCAUCAGUAUUAACACCAGUUCUUUUUUGUGUUCCCCUUGGUACUUCGUAUGCAGUGUAAGCAGAAGCUGUGAUCGGCUUUGCAGUCCUGUGCCAUGUUACUGUAACUCCCUGAUUUUUUAGGAAGCACCUGACUGUGGGCCACCCUGGGGCAGGUAGCGUGCCCGUACACGACUGCCACUUUUCAGUCUCUUGUACUAUGUAUAGUUCUAAGUAGAAUAAGCUUUUUAACAGAAUAUUGAUGCGGUUAUUGAUGAGUCACGCAGGCUGCAAGUGUCUGGUGUGUGAGAGUCUUUGUAUUUAUAGUUGUUGGGGUUUGGUUUUUUUGUUUUGUUGUUUUGUUUCGUUUUUUUUUUUUAAUUCAUAAAGUAGCAAACUUGAUAAACAUAGCCACUUUAAACUGCUCUUGCUAAACAGACCCUGCUGUAGAUAAGAUACCACUGUAGAUACAGGGAGAAGCACCAGCCGACCUCUCUCGACUGUGGGGAGCCAAGCCCCUCUCUGCACAAAGCACGGUCCGAGCCACACGGCCACCCUGCCUGUGACCCAAACACAGCCAAGGUUGGGGCCUGGCAUCUAUUUCAGCCCCCUGUGCCCCUAAGCCUGCUGCAGGCUGCCUCCCACACUCUGCUCACCAGUGCACGGGGCAAGCACCAGCUCGCUGGCAUGAGAGGGAUGGACAGACCAGCUGCUGGACCACGAACACGGUCAUGGCACUUCUGCAGCCAAAAAGCUUCCCAGCCUCUCUCGAGUGCAAAAAUUAGCCCCUGAUUUGCUGACUGCAGAGCUUGGCACGUGGGGGUAAGAAGCAGCACUGGCUCCCUGUUGGCAGGCGUGGGUCUGAGCCCCCUUGGCUGGGGCAGCAGGCAGGGCAGCACCGUGCCCAGAGAGGGGUGUUCCACUGCAUCUCCCACCUCUGACCCUCUGGACAGGGGGUGAAUUGUACCCAGCCCAGCAGCUGUCAGCUCCUGCCUCCUCGUGCUGCGGCCGUGCGGGCGUUUUGGGACGGAGGGUUAAGGACAGAGCUCUGAUACUGUAGCUCCCUGCCACCCCCAGGAAGUGAGGAAGUGUGGUAGCUCUGUGGGUCCCAAAGGCCCUACAGCAUCCUGUGGGCAGGUGGCACAUCUCCUGUCCUGCCUCCCAGGUCACCACCUGUCCUGAGCCCCAGGGAUAGGCCACGGGAUCCAUGCUUUCAUGGGAGGUUUGCCUGCAAGGUGAGGCAGCUGCUAGGAACUCACUGUGGGUUCCCACAGCAGCUUUUGUCAUUUCUUUCCUGUUGUUGCUGGUUGGGUUUGUUGUUUUUUUUCUUUUUUUUUGAAAGGACAGACUGACCUAGUGGGAUGGAAUUUUUUGUGUGUGACUUUUGUUAGUUUUUAAGUUACCCGACUUGAAUUUAUCUGAACAGAUGCAGAAGGAACUUUCUUUUUUUUGUGAGUUAAGAGACAAAAUUGCAUUUUUAAACAAAGGAAUCAUGUAUUAACAUUUUAACAGCAAUUCAUAAAUCUGCACUUUUUAUGAGGUUUUGAAAAAUCUAUUUAUAGGUACGGAACAAUGGGGUUUGUUUAAAACUGUAUCGCAUUUAUACUUGCUGAAAUUACUUUCAUUGUUAUCAGUAGGAAUUUCAUUGGUUAAAUAAAAUGGAUAAAACCUGA